AUGACUGAUCCUGCGACUCCCGAUAAAACGAUGCUUGGUGCCGAAGCCGGCCCCUCGUCUUUACAAAUACCGACAGACGAGAGGCAAAGCCCACAAUCGACGUGUGAAAUCAGAAUAAGCACGGAAAGUCAUAGGUCGUUAAAUAAUACUUCUCCCGGUGAUAUGCAUGAUUCAUUGUCGAACCAAAACAGCGCUCCGGCUAUCGAUGUUAGAAGUUCUUUGGAACACCGAACGCAAAAUAUAGACACUGCGCGAGAAUACCUUCCGAUACCGCCUAGUUUUACACCGCGUCGCGAAGCUCCCUCGUUCCAUCAUAACACGCCGCGUUUUAAUAAUAACACCCCAAAUACGCUCGCCGCACACGAGGCUAUGCGAAAAUGGAAUCUAAGAUUUGCAGGAACGCGUAAUGAAGAUUCCGAAGCUUUCUUAACGCGAAUAGAGGAGGGUAGAACUUUGUUUAAUUUACGCGAUAAUGAUAUUCUUAACAGUCUCCCGUUUUUCCUCUCUGGAGUAGCUUUAUACUGGUUCCGAAACAAACGCCCUCAAUGGCACGAUUUCUCCGAUUUUGAACGCGCUUGGCGUUAUAGGUUCGGCGAUCCGAAUUUACAAUUCACAUUGCGUGAAGAGAUCCGUAACCGUACGCAAGGCGAAAACGAGUCAGUCGUUGAUUACCUUACCUAUAUGCGUUCGUAUUUUAAUCGAUUAAAUCCCAGAUUCUCACACGACGAGGAGAUGGAUUAUGCCUAUCGAAACCUGCUACCGCGCUUUCAAGUAUUGAUAAGAAGAAGAGAGCUCGAAGAUCUGGAUGAUUUAGAGGAUAUCGCCCGACAAUUAGAGACGAGUUUUGCGGCUAGUAACAGAUAUCACGUACCACCGACUCCCGAAAACUCACUGCUACCGGAACUAGCAUAUCGCGGAGCACGCGCUAACUCCCGUCAAUCGCGAUUCGCGUUAGCCAACUUACAUCUAGAGAACGAACCAAACGAUGAUGUUAAUGCUGCGUAUAGAACACCUAUUCGAGAAAAUCGAUCAAACCCGAACAUCAAUAGAAGACCCCCGGAUCCUAGACCUGACCCGCGUUAUAACCCACGACCACCUAGGAAUAAUACCGGCCACCGGAAUCAUUACCGUCAAAAUGAAAAUCCGAAUAACGUUAACUCGCCUGCAACUUCUACCGCUCCAUCUACCGGUUCCAAUCCAUUUCUACCGUCUACCGAACAAAUAACUGCACGCACAAGCUCCAGUGUUGUGUGUUACAAUUGCCAGCAACCUGGUCAUCAUCAGAGACAGUGCACCGCGCCGCGCACAAAAUUCUGCUUCACGUGCGGAUUGACAGGACAUACUCGAGCCACAUGUCCCCGACCUUGUUCUUUAGCUACCGAAAUUAAUAAUACUACCGAAAUUAAUAACACUACCGAAAUUAUUGAUGCUACCGAAAUUGAUAAUACUACCGAAGUUAUUGAUGCUACCGAAAUUAUUAAUACUACCGACAUUAUUAACACUACUACCGGUCCACCUAUUGAACAAACUGACUUCUGCAGUCCAGUCUACCCGCUUCACGGGAAACCACUGUUAUUUCUGAUUCUCAAAAUAUGCGAUUUACGUGUAACGGCCUUGUUUGAUUGCGGUUCAUCACGAACCUUUGUAAAUUUAAAAACUUCGGCAUUGAUCGAAUCGAGAGGUUUUCUAAUUCAAAAAUCUCAUAGCGGAGCAGUCGUAACGGCCGCUGGCCGAAAGGCUGACGUCACGGGUGAAAUAAUCGUGCCGAUAGAAUUGGAAGGAACUACCCGCGAUAUUCACGUUCGCGUUAUACCUUCCCUUAGCUUUGAUUGCAUAAUAGGUCUAGAUUUCAUUCACACAUUUGAUAUAAUAGUAGAUUUCACAGAACCUAACUGGUCAUUCAAGUAUAAUUCUCCCGUAACUUAUAAAUUUCAAACACACUCCCGAUUUACUCCCGAUACCCAAUGUAACGGAAUUGUAGCUCUGAACGACGAGCAGACCGUCAAAUUACGGAAUUUAUUAAAAACAGAGAUAGCUCCAGCGUCCGAUAAAAUAGGUGCGACUAAUUUGGCCACCCACCACAUAGACGUAGGUGACCAUCCCGCGAUUAGGCAACGAGCGUAUCGAGUAUCGCCAAAAAUACAAGAAGCUAUCGAUGAGGAGGUUGAUAAAAUGCUCGCUAACGGAAUUAUCGAACCCUCGCAUAGCGAAUGGGCAAGUCCGAUUGUAAUGGUUAAAAAACCAAAUGGCUCCUACCGUUUUUGUAUUGACUUCCGGCAGGUAAAUCAGACAUCCAAAAAGGACGCGUAUCCGCUACCGCGAAUGGACAGCAUUCUGGACAAACUCCGAUCCGCCCGGUAUAUUUCGACUAUCGACCUAAGUCAGGCAUAUUUUCAAAUCCCUCUAACUCAAGCGAGUCGCGAGGUAACUGCUUUCAUCGUUCCCGGUAAAGGACUUUUUCACUUUACGCGAAUGCCGUACGGAUUAACCGGAGCACCGGCUACGUUCCAACGGUUGUUAGAUCGCUUAAUUGGACCAGACAUGGACCCAUACGCUUUCGCCUAUCUGGACGACAUUAUCAUCGCCACAAAAACAUUUGACGAACAUCUCGAGUGGUUACGAUGCGUUUUACGAACUAUCCGACACGCGAACCUCACGGUCAACCCUGAUAAAUGUGAAUUUUGUUGCUCUGAAGUUAAAUAUCUCGGCUUUCUAGUUAACGAAUAUGGGUUACAAAUAGAUCCAGACAAGAUAGCUCCCGUUGUAAAUUAUCCGGUUCCACAUACGGUAAAACAACUACGUCGAUUUUUAGGAAUGGCUUCUUGGUACCGAAGGUUUAUUCCAAAUCUUGCCUCGAUAACCGAACCACUGACGCGGCUUUUGCGAAAAACCCAAUUAUGGACUUGGGCUGAAUCGCAAUCUCUCGCUUUUGAAGAAAUUAAAGAUCGAUUAACUACCGCUCCGACGCUAUCGUGCCCCGAUUUUAAUAAACCUUUCGUCGUACAAACUGACGCUAGUAAUUGCGGACUAGGCGCCGUUCUAACUCAAACCGACCAUAACAGCCUCCAAUGGCUUCCCAAACGAAAGAAUCCUACCGGUCGAUUAGCUAGAUGGUCACUUGAAUUGCUUGGCUAUGAUUUCACUACCGUAUACCGUAAAGGCGCCUUGAAUCACAUGCCGGACGCACUCUCCCGAAUCCCGGAACCUGAUGUUGCUUUAAAUUCAUUUUCUACCGCCGAUGAAGCUACCGCCACUAUCGUACCAGAUCAACUAACCUGGUAUGACCGCCGGAAACGCGACGUCGAAAACACUCCCGGAAAGUUCCCGGAUUGGAAAACAGAAACCGGUAACCUAUACGUUCGACGCACGGACCCUUUAAUCGGUACGUUAGUACAAGAUUUAAACGCCUGGAAAUUAGUCAUACCCGAAGAGCAACGCGAAACCGUUUUACAAGGAGCUCACGAUGACCCUCAAUCCGGUCAUCCGGGAAUAGAGAAAACCUACCGCCGUUUAGCUACGCGUUAUUACUGGUGCCAAAAUUUAAUGGACCCUAUCGAAUCUCCCGUUUUCUCUCUCCGGUGGUGGUUGAACUACAACAAGUAG